AUAAUCCGCAAAAAAAAAAACAAACGAGAGGUCCAGAAAAAGAAACCCAUUUUUACAGUUUCAAUCAAUCAACCAAAAGCCCUUGGGAGAAACAGAGCCGAAAAAAGAAAGAAGAAGAGGCAGAGGAACAAAUGUUCGCGUCCGCCAUGUUUGGUGCUCAAGCGUUAUCACUGCGUAACCCACCGUCCACAGCAUUGCUACUGGGACCCAGUGGCGGUGUGGUCCGGAUAGAAGCGCCAAGGCACGUUGGUGGGUUGGUGAUAGAAUGCUCGUCCAGGCCACAGAAGAAGGCCACGGCGCACCAUAGGAAGACUCGGCCACGCAAGACUCAGCCAUGGGACGUCAAGCGCAAGCCCACCGUUUACCCUCCCUUGCCUCCCCUCCCUCCCGAGUGGACCUUGCUCUCCCAUGAUCAUUCUUCUUCUGCUUCUGCUGCUGUUGAAGUCUCUGUUAUUCCUCCUCCCGAAGCUCAGCCCGCCACACCAAGUGGAUAAAACAUUUACGUUGUAUGUUUCUACUUAAAAAAUAUAUAUAUAUAUAUAUAUGUUUUUGGAGAGUUGGGUUUUGGAUUUUGAACUGUUUCUGAAUGGUUGAAUAUGUUGAAUUCUGUGUUGUGUGUAUUUUUUUGCUUGGUUUUGAGGGUUUAAUGAUGUGUUUGCUGGGACUUGGGAGAAGCUAUGAGUUGUCCAAAACCAGUUUGAUGAUAGUACUCUGUGCAAAUGGAGUGACCCAGAUGGACAAAACACAGUGCUUCUAAUUCUGAAUGCAUCCUUA